CCCAUCACCGGAGCACAACAACACAUACAGCAAGUACAUAAGUACAGAGUAGUAGUAGUAGCUUAAUUACAAAGCUAAGAUCGAUGGCAGCUGCCCUCGUUGUUGUUGGGCUCCUCCUCGCCGUGCUUGCCGCGCAUGGCGCCCGCGCGCAGCCGGCGAACCACACCUCCUCCGCCGUCCGGCAACUCCGCGGCUCCGGCGGCGGCUGGCUCCCGGCCAAGGCCACCUGGUACGGCGCGCCCAACGGCGCCGGCCCCGACGACAACGGUGGCGCCUGUGGCUUCAAGGGCACCAACCAGUACCCGUUCAUGUCCAUGACGUCGUGCGGCAACCAGCCCCUGUUCAGGGACGGCCAGGGCUGCGGCUCGUGCUACGAGAUAAAGUGCACCGGGAAGAACAACCCCGCCUGCUCCGGACAGCCCAGGCGUGUGAUGAUCACGGACAUGAACUACUACCCGGUGGCCAAGUACCACUUCGACCUCAGCGGCACGGCGUUCGGCGCCCUGGCGAGGCCGGGCCUCAACGACAAGCUCCGCCACGCCGGCAUCAUCGACAUCCAGUUCCGGCGGGUGCCCUGCGACAACCGGGGGCUCACCAUCAACUUCCACGUGGAGCAGGGCUCCAACCCCGUCUACCUCGCGGUGCUGGUGGAGUACGCCAACAAGGCGGGCACCGUGCUGCAGAUGGACCUCCGCGAGGCCGGCUCGCGCUCCUGGACGCCGAUGCGCCGCUCCUGGGGCUCCGUCUGGCGCCUCGACUCCAACCACCCGCUCAGGGCGCCCUUCUCGCUGCGCGUCCGCGGCGAGCCCCGCAAGCCGCUGGUGGCCUACAACGUCAUCCCGGCCAACUGGAGGCCCAACACUGACUACCGCUCCUACGUCCAGUUCAACUGAUCGUUCUGCUGGUGUGGUGGUUCGAUCGGUUGUUCAUUUAUUUGGUACCGUGCGCGAUUAAUUGCAGAUUGUUUUGCAAUGGGCCUAGUGGUUUUCAGUUACGUGUUGUCUUUAAUUUGUGUCUGCACUUGGGAGGCGUGGGAAAUGGAGGAGGCAAAGUGUUUUAUACAUAUGUGCUCUCCCCGUCCAACGGCCAAAGUGUGUACAAGUAGUGUGUGUUGGAUGAAUAGAGUGUGUGAUACAGUGUGUAACCAAAUCUUGAGGUUAUGCCUCGUCAAUGGAUUUACUAAUAAGAGAGCAUAUAAGGUGCAAACCAA